AUGGCUGAAAUUGAGUCGGCUAUUGCUCCCCAUUUACGGACAGAGAGAGUUGUCCCGGGUAAUACGCCAGACAAUUUCAAGCCUCCCUUUGAAAUUUACGCUUCACGGUACCCACCGUUGAUGAAAGAGUUAGUCUUUGCGAUUAUUGGAGUGCAAUAUUCCUCAUCUGAGCUCAAUGAUGGUGUCGCCAUGGAGAAACUCAUCUCCUUCAUCAGCUCAACAGCCGUCCCCAAUCAUCUUCGACCCACGCUGGGAGAGGUCGCUGCCAUGACAGACAACCGAAGCCACUACAAUAUCGCUAUGCUAGCAUACUGGCCAGAUAGAAGGACAUGGAACGAAUGGUCGGAACAGACUGGGUUUCAAGAAUGGUGGUCUGGCUUGGAUCCGACAAACCAGCAGAAUGGAUGGUUCUUGGAGGUCUUCUUCCCUACCAUGGAUCGCUUUGAGACUAUCCUGACUGACACGACCAUGCGCGAAGGUGCAUCUUACAUGCGGGACAAUGUCAGUGGUCCGGUUCUGGAGCACGGUUACUGGGGAAGCAUGCGCGACCGCCUGCCUGUGGCACAAGUCGACGAGCUUGUGGGUGAGAAGGCGUUCUUGCAAGCCGGAGGGCCGAAACGUCCAUCCACUCUUACGUCUAGGGUACGCGUACCUGGCAAGAGAAACCUCGCUGUGAUCCGCUCCGGACAAGACUGGAAAGAGACGCUCCCUAAAGAGCGUGACCUGUACCUCAAGAUGAUGCGCCCCGCUCUGCAAGCCGGGAUGGACUUCCUUCACGAUCACGGAGACGAGGUUGGUUGUUACAGCAACCGAUUUAUGGACAUUGUUGGCCCCAAUGGUGAGACCGGAAAAGAUCGUAGCUUCGGUCUUGGCUAUUUCGAUGAUCUGGCUUCCUUGGAGGCUUGGAGCAAGUCUCAUCCCACGCAUGUCAAUAUCUUCGCCGUCUUUAUGAAAUACGCCAAAGAGAUGAACAAUGAACUCAGCUUACACCUCUACCACGAGGUGUCGGUAUUGGAGUCUAGUCAGCAACUCUUCGAAUAUGUCUCAUGUCAUGCUAAUACCGGUAUGCUCGCGUCUAUUCGUGAUAACGACUAG